AAAAGAGAAGCGUGAGUAGAAGGUAGAAGCAGCACUCCCCAACACCAACCUUCAGAAAGAAGAAAGUUUCAACGGGUUCAGAAAAUGGUGUUAAAUCGCUGACACAAAACAAAACCCAAUCAAUUAACCCUAAAAAUUUUUAAAAAUGGAGUCGAGCGUUUUGGAAUGCAUCGGCGUCGAAAUAAUCGGAGUAAUGUCUCCGGUUUCAGUCUGCAUGUUCCUCGUCGUUCUCCUCGUUUACUCUCUCUCCUCGCCGUCAACCACCCCCGACGCCACCAUCCGCACCGCUGCAAACCUCGUCUACGCCGAAAACCCCUCCGAUUCGGCCGCACAGAAGUUCGAAGGCGCGCUCCUAAACGCCGUCGUUUUCGUCAUCCUCAUCGCUAUAGUCACCUUCCUGCUCGUCCUUCUCUACUACUACAACUGCACCUCCUUCCUCCGCCACUACAUGCGCUUCUCUGCUUUCUUCGUUCUUGCUUCCUUGGGUGGAUCCAUUCUUCUCUCCCUCAUUCAACGCUUCUCCAUCCCUCUCGAUUCCCUCACGUGCUUUCUCAUCCUCUUCAAUUUCACCGUCGUUGGCGUUCUCUCUGUGUUCGCCGUUGGAAUCCCUAUUUUGCUUCGUCAGGGUUAUAUGGUUUGUCUUGGGAUAAUUGUUGCGGCGUGGUUCACCAAAUUGCCGGAGUGGACCACGUGGACAUUGCUCGUUGCGCUUGCGGUUUAUGAUUUGGUGGCGGUUUUGGCCCCCGGUGGUCCCCUCAAGCUGCUUGUUGAUUUGGCUUCGAGCAGGAAUGAGGAGCUUCCGGCGUUGGUUUACGAGGCUCGUCCCACCAUGCCGGUGAACGGCCGUGGCGGGGCUUCGACGUUGGGGUUUUUGGUUGCUGGGGUUUCGGAGUCGGAGAAUUCGAGAAUUGAGCUUCAGGUGGUGUCUAGGGAGAAUGUGGGUCGGAGAAAUGAGAAUGAGGGUGAAUUUCAUGGGAAUUUUGGCCAUGGAGAUUCUGUUGCGGGUUUUAGGAAUGAGGAGAGUGAGGGUGGGAGGGAUGAUGAAGGAGAAAGAUCGCCGUUGGUAGCGAAUCGGUUAUCGGAUUCGAUGAUUCAAUUUGGUGGAAGGGAGAGUGAGGUUGUUGUUAAUGACGAGAUGUCUCCACUUGUGGAGAUGAUUGGGGUUGGGAAUGAAGAAGGGGAAGGAAUGAGGAGGGGUGGGUUGGAGAUUGCUGAUAGGGGAAUUAAGCUUGGUCUUGGGGACUUCGUUUUCUACAGUGUGCUUGUUGGUAGAGCUGCAAUGUAUGAUCUGAUGACAGUGUAUGCUUGUUACAUCGCCAUUAUAUCGGGACUAGGUUGUACUCUUAUGUUGUUGUCAGUGUGCCGCCAAGCUCUGCCUGCGCUUCCUAUUUCAAUUGCAUUGGGUGUUCUUUUCUAUUUUUUGACUCGGUUGCUCAUGGAACCCUUCAUUGUUGGGACAGCCACAAAUUUGAUGAUGUUUUGAACCGGCGUUGAUUUUUGAGAGACACAGGCUAGGCUUUAGAUGUGUUCUAAUGCUUUCCUAGAUGAGGAGUUUGUGUGUGGAGCGAAGAGGUAGUACUCCAUGCUUCUUGUCACCUUAGUAGUUAGUAGUAACAGACUUGAUCUUGUCAUCUUAUUUUUCUAACAGAUAGUGUUGCAACUAAUAGUCAUCAAUCAUUUUGAAAAAUGCAACCCCCCUCUUUCUUGCCCUUUUCUUCAGAUCCUGUAAAUUUAAAAAUUAACAGAAAUAGUUGUGUUGAUCCAAAUGUCUUCCUUGGCUUUUUGACAUACAUGAGGUGCGUAGAGGAAAUUAUUGGUAGCUAAGCGAUUGUUGAGAAUAUCACUUCUACCUGAGUAUAUUUUUGGAUUCUCCAUAUAAUUGUAAUCUUCAACCUGCUUCCCUUUUGUGUUUUUUCUAUGUUGAAUUCUGUCCUUGUUUAUGCACAUAAUAAUGGAAUUAUUCAUUU